ACUGUAUCACACUAAAAAAAAAAAUGGCGGCAUGUUCAAAGACGACUAUGAAUUUUAGGAAAUAAGCUAAUGAAUUUUAUGAAAGUUUCAGUGGAUCUUACUGUAUCAGAAUAGGCUGCUGUAGUUGGAACAUUUUAAAAGUUUAUUCCUAAAUAUAAAUGGGUGAUAUAUCUGUAAAUGGUCUUGGAAGUGUUUUGCCAAAGGGUGACACCGAAGAAAAAUACCACGUCGAAAUAUGUUUGAAACCGACAAGCUUGGCGGAGAGUUACUCGACAAAACAGCACGUUCUAGCCUUGUUGGAACGACACAGAGUAGCGUAUGGUGAUUUGACUUUGACAUCCUUCGAUGAUGUGUUUUUACAGGAGAAUGUGAAAUCUAUUUCACUGUGCGACACAGACUAUGGACCAGAGAAAAAGCAAAUCUCCCUGCUAUCUGAUAACUUGAUGUUACAUGUUUACCGCCUCAAUGAAGAUGGACCUGGCACGGAGGAACUGGACGACGAGGAAGACAUGGCGGCUGCUCAUCAUUGGCUACUUCCUGCUUUGGAUUUCAAUGGAUUGUGGGAUAGUCUAGUUUAUGACGAGGAUAUCAAAAAGGGGCUGUUGCAUUAUGCAUCAACAACACUUCUGUUUUCUGAUAAGGCAGUUGACAGUAACAUCAUAUCAUGGAACAAAGUUAUACUACUGCAUGGACCACCAGGCACUGGUAAAACAUCUCUCUGUAAAGCAUUGGCCCAGAAACUGGUCAUUCGCUUGUCAGACAGAUACUGCUAUGGUCAGCUGAUUGAAAUCAACAGCCACAGUCUCUUCUCCAAGUGGUUCUCAGAGAGUGGAAAGCUUGUUAUGAAAAUGUUCCAAAAAAUCCAAGAGCUGAUAGAUGAUAAAGAUGCUUUGGUUUUUGUGUUGAUAGAUGAGGUGGAGAGUUUAACUGCUGCUAGGAAGAGCACGAUGUCUGGUAGUGAGCCGUCUGAUGCCAUCAGAGUGGUGAAUGCACUGCUGACCCAGCUAGAUCAAAUCAAGAGAUACCCUAAUGUGAUGAUCCUGACCACCUCCAAUGUGACCGGUGCUAUUGACCUGGCCUUUGUAGACAGAGCAGACAUUAAGCAGUAUAUUGGACCUCCAUCUCCUGCUGCCAUAUUCAAAAUCUACCACACCUGUAUAGCAGAACUAAUGAGGGUUGGCAUUAUCUCCCCAGCUCAACAAUUGUUUGAUUUACGGACCUUGGAGGUCAUGAAGUUCAUAGAAAAAAAUGUUACCAAGCUUAGUUUACAACUAAGAGACAUAGCAGUGAAGAGUCAUGGACUGAGUGGAAGGACUUUAAGGAAACUCCCUUUCAUUGCACAUGCUCUUUUUGUUCAGAGUCCAUCUGUCACACUAGAGGAAUUUCUGGAUGGUCUGAACAAAGCUGUAGAAAGACAGUUCAAAGAGAGAAAUGAUCUGUCCAAGGAUUGAAAUGUAUCUUCUGACAGGGAGAUUUCUACAGAAAAGGGAUGUAAAGGACCACUAAAUCAUGCUCAGCAUCAGUUAACAGUGCACUUCUGUGAUAAAGGACCACUAAAUCAUGCCCAACAUCAGUUAACAGUGCACUUCUGUGAUAAAUGUUAUGUGUUACACAUGGAAUUCAUGUGAUUUGCCAUUAUUUAUGACUGUGCUACAUGUACAUUAUGAUAGUGCUAUGUUAAAAAAUAAAUUUAAAAAAAUAAUCAAAA